CCAACCUAGCCAGCCAAAAAACUGGUUCCUCCUCCUCCCACCGCUGCUGUCUAUCAGCCUCUGUCGGUCUCUGUCUGUGCCUGUCCCCGGCACCAGGCCUAUUCCUUUGUUGGAAAAAAGAAAGCGAAAAAAGAAAAAAAAAGAAAAAAGUUCUCCAUUUCAGUUAUCAGGGGAUCAUGACCUCCAUCUGUCUCCCACCUCCAUCCCGGAGCCCUACUACCACCAACAACCAUUCCUCAAACUCAAACUCACUCAACCCAAGACCUACACACAACAACAACAGCACGCAUGUGUAGAGUAGUAGGCUGGUGCUAAACAAUGGACUCCCUCCCCCUCGAAAUCCUCACCAAAAUCCUCCUCAAUCUACCACCGAACCCCUCGGACAGGUUAGUCUGCCACGCAUUCAAGGACGUUCUGACCCCGGGCUGCUUCCGCCGGAUCCGCACGGGGGCGUUCACCAAAGACGCCUUCGAUCGACUGGUGAACCUCUCGCAGAGCGGGGUCUCGCAGUACGUGGAGGAUUAUGAGUACCUUGUUCACCCGCCGGUCUAUCGACCGAGCAUGCACGCCGUCGACAACCUGAUAUGUCUAGAAAAAAACUACCCCACGAGGGACCUAACCCUAGACGCUAUGGCCGAGAGCCUCGUCCGGCAGCACGAGGAGUACCUGCAUCAGGAGGACAUCCUAGGGACCUUCUACGAUGUCCUCUCACUCAGCAAGGCCCUACCGCUCUUCCGAAACUUGUGCUCCGUGACCAUCUCGCACUUCCGCUCGGUCACCGACUCACCCCGGGCAUACGAGGACACUACGGAGCGCGCCUGGUGGGCCGUCAUAAAGGCGCUGAAUAAGUGCGAUUAUCCUGUCGAGCGGCUGCACAUCGACGCGGUGUACGAUGGCAUGCUACACGGCGUGCCUAUGUCUAAGAUGGCGCAGGUGUACGAGGUGCUCGGCGAGCUGAAGGAGCUGUCCGUCCCCGCCAUCUCUCUCGGCAACGAGGCCUUCCAUCGCCCGGGGCACACAGCGCUAAAGGCCUUCCUGCGGUCCGGGCGGAAUCUGGAGGUUGUCAGGCUAGGGAAUUCUAAUCGGCAGAGGAUGGAUCUGGUGGAUAAGGACCUGGGUUUCCUCUGGCCGGGUUUGCGGGUUUUAGAGUUGGAGGCUAAUACUGCCGUCGAGCCCGAGGAUUUUAUUGCGUUUUUGGAGUUGCACAGUAGCACUUUGAGGGAGUUGACGUUGAAGGGGUUUCGCCUUUUGGGGAGGGCGGAGAAUGGCACGCAUUGGGUUUGGGGACGGGUAUUCGAGAGAUUACACCAGAGUUUGGCCUUGACGAAAUUAACGCUAUCCCAUUUAGAAGCACCCUCGGACUCACCCGCCAUCACGAUAGCUGAUAUGAAGGAAUGGGAGCGGACGGUGCCCAGGUCACCGGAGGAGAUGGCUGUUGAUUGGGAUUAGGUUAUGGGGGUUUUAUCUUACCAUCAUUUUCCCUUCUUUCCCCAAAAAUUCUUUUAUUAGAUUUUCAUAAUAGGGUUAUCACCUGUAAGUUGUAGGUUUUCUUUCUUUUUAUUCUCUCCUUAGUGCUGUAUAUAUAGAUUUUAUAAUCAUAGAUAAACUUGGCUUGUAUCAAUCC